CAAAGGAGUGCUUUACGACAGUGGUAACAAAAAGGCAUAACGGAAAUAAAAAAUAAUUUGGGUGGAAAUUGUUUCUGGAUCAUGAUACAGUCGAGCCUCUUCUUCUUCUUCUUCAAAACAAUCCAUCAUCUCCCUACUCCUUUUCUCCGACUCAGACGCCGUCCACCUACCGCCGCCGUGUUCGCCACCAUCUCCACCGACAAAUAGAAAGCCUACUGUCUGAUAUCCUGUUUUAUCUUUUUCUAUUUUAUCAAACUAUCUGCUUCGAUUUGCCGCCAGUCAAUCCGCGCCUGUUCGACGAUCAACUGGCGAUCGCAUCAUUUGGUUUUUCUUGGAUUAUAAACAUAUGAAUCACUUCUAUCUCCCAUUUCCUUUACAGCUAAGGUGAAAUUUGGAUUGCCACUGUCUUUUACAUUCAGUUCUUUUCGCACUGUAAAAGGCAUGCAGAACAGUGGCAGUCUUCCCAAGAGCAAUUCCUUAAAAACCCCUCAACAAUCACUUCGUCGCCUCAACUUUUGCUCUCAAAUAUCAACUGGUCAACAAACUUCUCCUGUUGUCUUCCCUGAGAAACGUACAAAAGGAAAAGUUUCAAAACGAAAUGAUGUCACUGCCAACAACAAUGAUUCCAAAAAUUCAAAGAGGGAAGAACACAAGAUUGAUAUUGGAGAUGAACAAUCUGACUUACUGGGAUAUGAGGUCAUUUCUGGAAAGCUAGUUUUGGAUAAAAGAAAGACCAUCAAAGCUACUGAUUCACAAAACUCAACAGAAACCUCACACCUGGAUUCCAUUGAUGCUAAACUAACAAGCAGGGCUUUGGUUUGGGGUUCUCAUGUUUUAACCCUUGAUGAUGUCAUUUCAGUGUCAUACAGCUAUGGGAUGAGACAUUUUAUAGUGCAUUCAUACCCUAUAAAAAAGCGAUCCUACAGUCUUUCUUGUUUCUUGAAAUCUGGAAGAAGUAGGAAAGAUUUUUGCUUUUUGGCUUCUACACCAGAUGAAGCUUUUCUAUGGGUUACAGGGUUUGCAGAUCAACAUUGUUUUGUGAAUUGUUCACCUCACCCUAUGGUAUCUUCAAAGAAACAAGAUUCUGAAAUAUUGGCUACUGAUUUUUCUUAUAGACAUAUUAAAAGUAAAAGUCCACCUAGGAUGCUUGUUAUCUUAAAUCCUAGGUCUGGACGUGGUCGCUCCAGUAAAGUUUUUCACAAUUUGGUUGAACCUAUAUUUAAGCUUGCAGGGUUUAAGCUUGAGGUAGUGAAGACAACGUCUGCAGGCCAUGCUAGAAAUCUAGCUUUCAGUGUUGAUUUCAGUACAUGUCCUGAUGGAAUUAUAUGUGUGGGAGGCGAUGGAAUUGUGAAUGAGGUUUUGAAUGGUCUUCUUUGUAGAGAUAAUCAGAAAGAAGCUAUUUCUAUUCCAAUUGGAAUCAUUCCUGCUGGCUCUGAUAAUUCUUUAGUGUGGACUGUUCUUGGAGUUAGGGAUCCAGUUUCUGCUGCUUUAGCUAUAGUCAAGGGUGGUCUCACUGCUACAGAUGUAUUUGCUGUCGAAUGGAUUCAAACUGGUGUCAUUCAUUUUGGAAUGACCGUUUCCUACUUCGGCUUUGUUAGUGAUGUAUUGGAACUUUCGGAAAGAUACCAAAAGCGAUUCGGUCCGCUCCGUUACUUUGUGGCGGGAGUUUUGAAAUUCCUCUGCUUACCAAAAUACACGUACGAACUCGAAUACCUUCCGGCAUCCAAACAAAAAUCGGAUCUCGAAAGAAAAAUAUUAGCAGAGAAAGACACAGUCGACAUGUCGGACUUAUACACAGACAUCAUGAAAAGAUCCGAAGGAGGUGGAAUCCCACGCGCCUCAUCUCUCUCAAGCAUUGACUCCAUCAUGACACCUGGGCGGACCCCACUCGAACCAACCACCGAACCCUCCGAUUACGUCCGAGCCAUUGACCAAAAGUCAAAGCGGUUAUCCUCGGGUCGACCCAACGUGACCUCCGAACCCGAAGUCAUCCAAACCUCAUCCACCCCGAACUGGCCGCGAACCCGGUCAAAGUCCCGGGCGGAUAAAGGGUGGAGCGGGUUGACCGACCCAACCCGGUCUUCAUGGGGGAAUUUAGGGGGAAACGACAAGGAAGAUAUUUCGUCUACGAUGUCGGAUCCAGGUCCCAUUUGGGAUACGGAGCCGAAGUGGGACACGGAGCCGAACGCGAAUAAUUGGGAGAUGGAGAAUCCGAUACAGUUGCCGUUGCCGGGCCCUGGCCCUGUUGUGGGUGUGGGCCCGGCAACUGAGACUGGGGUUGGGGUUGGGGUUGUGUUGGAUUUGGAGGAGAAUUGGGUUGUGAAAAAAGGAAAGUUUUUGGGGAUUCUUGUGUGUAAUCAUUCGUGUAAAACGGUUCAAUCUUUGAGUUCUCAAGUGGUGGCACCGAAAGCCGAACAUGACGACAACACGUUGGAUUUGUUGUUGGUUCAUGGGAGUGGGCGGUUAAGGUUGUUGAGAUUCUUCUUGCUUCUUCAAAUGGGCCGACAUCUUUCGCUUCCUUAUGUUGAAUACAUCAAGGUUAAGUCGGUGAAGCUGAAGCCGGGAAAGAGUACGCACAAUGGAUGUGGGAUUGACGGGGAGCUUUUUAGGGUGUCGGGGCAAGUUGUGUCGUCAUUACUUCCGGAUCAAUGUAGGUUGAUUGGUCGUGCUCCGAGUAGUAGUGUGAAAGGACUAUAAUGCCCUUUUGCAAUGUUUGGGACCGGUGUUACAUAUAUAUGAGGUGACUGUAUAAUCUUCUGGCUGUUAUUGGUUUGAAUUCUUCUUGUUGAUUUUUUGUUUGUUUGUUAGUAUUUUGGUCUUUUAUAUAUAUAAUAUAUAAUAUAUCGUAUAAAUAUAUAUAUCUAUACUUUUGUAUC